AUGGCUCGAUACAAAGCGGCUCGCCAUCACGCACGCCAGCGGCUUGACGGUGCAUUCGCUAUGCCGCUAUAUGUUCCGCAGACAAGCUAUUGUUCAUUUGAGUCAGAUAGAGAUGCACUUGGUCUUACACGACGGCACCCUCUCAACGAAGUAUUCAAUGUAAUAACCACAGCCAGGAUUCUCAACCGAAAAACGAAUUCCACGAUUUUGUAA